AUGCCUGAGCCGUAUGAGGUUACGGACAGCACAGACUGGCUGCCCACACCUCUGGCCGCACUUGCGCCACUAGACUCCUCUCUAAGAUGCCGGGUGUGCAAGGACUUCUUUACAACGCCGAUGAUGACCAGUUGCUCUCACACAUUCUGCAGUCUAUGUAUACGGAGGUACUUGUCACAAGAAGGCCGAUGCCCAGCAUGCCGAGAAUCUGACCAAGAAGUCAAGCUGCGUCGAAACUGGGUAGUGGAAGAACUGGUCGCUAAUUUUACCGCCUCACGAAAGGGCCUUCUCACUUUCGCCACGGACGCAGCGGUAUCGAGAUCCGAACUGCAGGCAGCAGAUUCUGAAAGACCUAGGAAGAGGAGGAGAAUCGUGACUCAGACUACAACUAACGGCGUGGGGAGACGGAGUACCCGAAGUCAAACGAAAAAGAAUGCGGAAGGCGCAAGCCAGCAAAGUGCGCCGUCUACCCAAGUCACAAUUGAGGAUAGCGAGGAAGGAAGCGUUUAUGAGGACGACGACGACGUCCCCAAGAGCCCACACUUCAAAGCUGAUAAUGAGGAGCCGAACGACGGACUGGUCGCGUGCCCGUGCUGCCACAGAAGGAUGAAGGAGACAUUGAUCAAUGCACACCUGGAUAAAUGUGUAAUGGGAGAGAGUACCACUCCAAUUGACAGUGGAUCAUCGCCCGCGCCGCCUACGAGGGCGCAAAACGCGACCCCCGUAACGCUAGCCUACACUCAGCAAAAGCCAUUGAAGCAGAAUGACCGGUUACCGUUUAUCAACUAUAAUCUCCUCGCUGAGACCGGGUUGCGGAAGAAGUUGAGAGAUCUCGGGAUCCCAAGUCACGGAUCGAAAGAGCUGAUGCGCAAAAGGCAUACCGAGUGGGUGAACCUCUGGAAUGCAAACUGUGAUUCUUCCAAUCCUGUCACAAAGAGACAAUUACUUUCGGAUUUGCGGGUGUGGGAGGAUACAUUGGGACGGCAGAUGGAGAAGCCGCCCAAUACUGGAUUUAUGUCCAAAGACUUUGAUCGGGACUCUCAUGUCAAGAGCCAGAAAAGCAAUUUUGAUGAGUUGAUCAAGCAGGCCCGACAGAGAGUGUCUGCAACUAAAGAGAAGGCGCCAGAGACGGCACCGAAUGGAGCUGUGCCACUGGUCACGGCAUCAGGACCAGGAUCAGUCUCUGUACCAGCGGAAGGUGACCCGGCGGCAGCUGCCUCCCUCCAUCAAUUAGUUGAAUCGGAGCAAGUGCCUGCGGAUUCCGAAGUUGUUAUGUUUGGAAACGCUGAGCAGCAGCAGGAUCCAGAUGCAAAGGCUACUGGCCUGUCGAAGUCUCUGAACGAGGCCUCUGAGCCGCCGGAAGAAGGCGGUCUAGAGGUAAGAAUGGAUCCGCUGGAGGUCGUCCAAAAGCCAGCUACUGGCCGUUUCUUUAACUGA